CAUAAGUAAUCAGGAUAAAUGAUCGUAUAAAGGUGGUGUAAAAUUUAUUAGAGUUUUUACAAAGUACCAUGAAUAAUCACUGAGGUCCGUAUCUUAGUUGUGAAGCACUCUGAAGAGUUCAGUCCUGUUCCAAAUUCCGGUUGUAUAUGAUACGAAUUAUUGAAACUGAAAAAGGAAACGAAACUGAAACGGCAUGUCCGAAAUUACUAACCAACAUGAGAUCAAUCAGAGUUAUUGGUUUAAAUGGAAUGAUUAUCAAAACCAUCUCUCCGAUGUAGUUAGACAACUUUUAGAGGAGGACUGUAUGGUAGACGUUACCCUGGCUGCGGGCGGGGAACGUAUUCAUGCUCAUCGCAUAGUUCUCUGCGCUUGUAGCACUUUAUUUCGAGAAAUAUUGAGUCAAGUAAAUGAAGAUCAUCCAACAAUAAUAUUAAGCGAUAUUUCUGCUCAAGAUAUAAAAUCUAUUAUAGAAUUUACUUACCAUGGGGAAGUGAGAGUACCAGUUGAAAAUAUUAGUACCUUAUUAGAUGCGGCACGUUCACUAAAAAUCUGUGGCCUUAUUGAAAUUGAUGGACUUGAAGAAACUGACUCAGUUGUAAACAAUAAGGAUUUUAAUGAUAAUAAUGAAGAGCCAAUGACUGUAAUUAGCGAGGCUGAAGAAAAUGUUAUUAAUGCGUUGCAACAUAGUUAUGAAGAUUUGGAAGACCAACAAAAAGAUGAGGUCGUCGAAAAUUCCACUUUGAAUAAAAAAAAGAAACGUAGGCGCGAUACAACAAAAAGAGAUUAUAGCGAAGAUAUGUUGGCAGCGGCAAUUAAUGAUUUAAAAGCAGGGCAGACAUUAAUAGAAGCUUCUACUAAACAUAAUAUACCACGUUCAACUUUGUACAUGCGUGCUAAAGCAUUAGGUAUACAUUUAAACGCAUCAAGAAACGAAUAUCCGGCAGAGUGUAUGAAAGCUGCUAUAAAUGCGGUAAUUGGUGGAUCAAGCCUACAGCAUGCAUCAGAACUUUUUAGUAUACCAAAGACUGUAUUAUGGAGGAGGAUUCAGAAAGAAGGAUAUCAAAUACUACGUUCGGAAAUGAAAAGAUCUUAUGGAUCAGAUAAACGGGAAGCUGCAGUUAAGGCUUUAGAAAGAGGAGAGAAUUUAACGAAAGUAGCACUUGAAUUCAAAAUUCCGAAAACUACUUUAUUUAGAGAUAAGGCGCGAUUGGUAGAUGAAGGAAAAUUGCCAUUAUCAUUUUGGAAGAAACGUAAGACGGAAAAUGAAGAAUUGAAAAAAUCUCGUUUGGAAGAAGCUGUUGCUGCAUGUAAAGGAGGGAAAAUGUCGCAAGCAGCAGCAUCAAUGACUUACCAUAUUCCAAAAACAACGAUAUGGAGACGUCUCCAACAAGAUGGUAAAAAGUCAGAGCGCUCGUUAAGUUCAAGGAAACAAAGAAUAGCUGAUUCUAAACAUAAUACAGAAACAAAGGUACAAGAAGGAUCUGAUUUUACAUAUUGCGAGGUUUCGUCAGAAAUUCCUAUAACUUAUAUAGAUGAAAAUAGUAUACCUGAAGAUUCUGUGAUAAUAUUAACAGCAGAAGAUAUGGAUGGACUUAAUUUAGAAGAGGGACGACAAAUUAUUGUUAACUCAGAAUCGGGACAAGAAUAUGUUCCUUGUGCUAUAAGUAUUGAAGAAAAUUCAAACUAUUCACAAACUGAAAGUUAGCAUAUGAAGUAUUACCAAUAGAGUAACACUCAUUAAUAUUCGUUUUGUAUAAUAAUACGUGUAUUAAUUUAGAUUUUAGUAAUAUAUAUAUAUAUAUAUCAUAUAUGAAAACAACGCGCGUAUACGUAUAUAUGACGCAAGUACAUAUAAAAAUUCCUAUCUAAUAUCUUCAUGAGACGAUUGAAUUAUUAUUAACGUCUGCAUUUUUGUGUGCAUUAUUUCCUUAUAUUUAUUUAUAAAUAAACUUUGUUA